AUGAGUUCAGUAGAAGACGAAAUACCCAUUCCGUCAGCAAGAAUAGAAGAAUAUGAAUCAAGUCUCUUUGAACAGGAGUUUACAGAAGAAGACGUCUUACCAUUUUUAUUACAAGCACAAGAUAUUAUCAGUAAACUAGAAUCUAGAGUGGUUGAACUAGAAAAGGAUUUAUCUACUAUUCACUGUAAAUAUGAACACGAUAAAAAUGAAUGGCUCAUUGGUUUAUCACAAAAGGACCAAUACAUAAACCACUUGACGAGCAAAUUGAGUAAAAUAGAAUUCAACAGUAAAGAAACGAUCAUUUUAUUAUCUGAUUUAAAUAUAAAUGACGAAGAACAAGUAAAGUCUGCUGUCAACUUGUCUUUGCAGUAUUUGAGACAAGCACAGACCAUAAAACAAGAAGAACCCGAUGAUUUAGAAGAAGGUGAGCUCGAACGUAGACAGGCCGCCGUAGUUGAGUGGUCAUCAAGAACACAAGAUAUACCAGAUAAUUCCAUGUCACAUAACGAAGAAGAACCUUUGAACCUCAUGGAUGGUCUUUCUUCUUCCUCAACUGGUUCCGCGCAUGUUACAUAUAAUACAAAAAGCAUCUAUAACCAUCCUCAUGUCGUAGAUGAGGAAGAGAGUCAGUUUUGCAUGAACUGUAAGCAGUUGCUGGCACAGUUGGACGAGCAAAUAGAACAAAAGGCAUACCUAAAGAGAGACUUGGGAUCCUUAGCAGCAGCCUUAUCAGAACAGGAAGAAAUAAGAUCCAAUAUCGAACAAGAUAAGGAAGCACUGGAGGAAGAUGUUGCAGGCAUCACCUUACAGUUAUUCUCGGCUUUGAAUCAGAUUUUGAUGGAAGAAGUUACAGAAAGAGACCAUAUCGUACAGCUCAAUCGUGAAUUUACCAACAAGUUUACGCAUUUACUGGACAACUGGGACGUGAGAGACUCGAAGCUGAAAGAGAUGAAAGAACUGCUGAUUCAGUUAGACUCUGCUGUACAUCAAAGUGUCAGCACUUCAGCCACGUUCACCCGAAGAUUCUCUCAACAGAAUGCAGCUCCUAUGCUAACAACAACAACAACAACAACAACAACAGCAGCAACAGCAAUGAGUGGUAACAGUAGUAUGCAAAAGCGUCUUUCUUCUCACCGCCGUACUCCAAGCUUUCAACAACAGAUACACAAUACGAUUCAGAUUGACGGAUACGCUUUAUCUGAAUUUCAACAACAUCUCAAGGCCCUAACAUCCUCCAAUCAACCUAUACCUUCUACUUCAUUUGUAAAGCGUGUGUUUAGUGAAGAUAUCGAGCCUUGUUUAUUCUCUCAGCAGUCAAACAAUAACUGGUGGAAGUCGACCUGGUUCAAAAAGAAGUUACUGGACGCUAUCUCCAAGAACAAGUGCGAAAUCCAGUACUGGAAUGGCACUUAUUCUACAACAAGCUAUAUGUCGGCGACAACAACAUCUUCUUCCUCUGUCACUUCAAGUGCAAGCCAUGUAUCGAGUGGUUCAAACAACGUACCAAUGCCUCCAAAGACAAAGUGCGUCUCCUGCAACGUCCUCCGUGUCUGUGAAUUCAGGUUACGAUUACCGCCUGCAAGCAACCCUUGGCUACCGAUUGAUAGAUUUUGCAGAGAUAAGAUUAUAGCUGUCUGUGGCUAUUAUAGCUUUAUGAACAAUUUGAAGUCAUUAUCGACAUCGAGUACAUUAUUGAAUACAUUCAAGCAAGUGAUGUAUCAUAGGCGAAGAAUGACUUUAUCAAGAGUAGGCUCUAUCAGCUUAUUCGAAGACUUGGAAGACUUGGAUGACAAUAGAAGGCACUCUAGAAGAUAUCGUGGAAAUAGAGAAAGCGUUGUAUUGGACCAUUCAGGAAGUAAUAGCGAUAGUGGAAGCGUAGUAAGUGUCAGUGAUUUGCAAGGAUUAGAAGGAACAACUGCAAGUCAAAUUGUUAUAGUCCAUUAG